GUGAUGGGAUUCCUCCAGGAGCGACCUGCCGCCGGACGUUAACCCCUCGGAGGUGAAAAGAAGUUCUUCAUGAAAAUCUCAAAUAAAAGAGCCUGGAUGGAUGGACGUUAAAGCUGUGAUGUGUUACAGAUUUUUACAGCCCGUUCUGAGAACUCAGUAGCCUAAAACAUUAACUUUGCAUAUUCAGAGGAAUUUGUAUGUCUUCUGGAAGAGUGAUGGAGACAGAAGACAUGGAGGAUGCCUCGCAGAAACACACGGCUCACAUAAAGGCCGAGACAGAGGGGGACGCCACUUCGGGCCACACCUGUGGAGUGUGCGGUCGCAGCUUUCCUCUGCUCAGCUCUCUGUCGCAGCACAUGAGAAGACACACUCGAGAGAAGCCGUAUAAGUGUCCGUACUGUGAGCACCGGACUGCUCAGAAGGGCAGCCUGAAGGCCCACGUUCGAAGCCACAAACUGGGCCUCCUCAGCCAUAACAUCAGCGACAAGGAGGGCGACGCGCACCAGGGACAGGGAGACGAUGCAGACGCACAUGACCCCCCAGAAGUCACCUCUGGCAAAGCUCAUAAUGUCAAUGGCAAGGUGAAAAAGAAAGGAACCAAGAAAAAAGUGAAGCGAAAAGGAGGCGGCGAGGACGGCGACGAGGCUGACGCCGCACCUUUUUCCUGCACCAUUUGUGGCCAAGCUUUCCCUCAGGUACUGCUCCUAAAGACUCACAUGAAAAGACACCGUGGCUCCCAAGAUCACGGCUGUCGGAUAUGCGGACGGCGCUUCCGUCAAGCUUGGUUUCUCCAGAGUCACAUGCGCAUCCAUCGGGUCAAAGGUCAGCUUUGUGGCAGCAAAAGCAACGAUCUGCCCGCCACCAUUAACGGGGUUCCUCAGGACCCAGCGUCACUGACGAACGAAGAGUGCCUCUACGAGCUCUGCGCAGGCUGCGGGAACUUCUUCUUUGACCGCAAAACCCUGCGCAUUCACGAACUGCUACAUAAACUGAACCACAGCAGUGGUCAGGAUCAGAACGCGCCUAAUGGAGAUCCUCAGGCCUCUGAGCCGCACAUGGAUAAGAGGCGCUUCUUGGAAAGCUUGAACCUCACGUGUGCUGGACAAACAGACACCAGAGAGGAAAAAGGUCCGGGCAGGAGAAUUCCAGAGCUGGAUCCAGUUUGUAGUUACCAAGCAUGGCAAUUAGCCACAAGGGGACGACUAGCGGAGGCCUCCGAGAAAUGCUUGGGGUGGGAAGAGAGGCUAGCGGACGCAGAAGUGGCCUACGACAUGGAGAAAGGAGAGUAUGUACCUCUGAAACAGGAGAAAAAGAGGAAGCAAAUUGACACUGCCGCCCCCAGCAUCAAGAAGAGGAAGGCAGACCCGAGCUUUGAUCACACUCCCAACAGUGUGGCUCACACUAAAGGUGUUGACAAGAAGAUGGGCCACAAGGACCGUAUUCUGCUCAAUGGACUUGGACAUGCGUUUUAUGAGGCGCUGCAAGCCAAGAAGGUCAAAGAGGUUCAUUUCUCUUCAAAACAGACCAAGAACAUCAGGAGCCAAGACCAGCAAGAUAACAAAUCCUACUUCUGCGAUCACUGUGACUUCCACACGGUCGAUGCCUCACUACUCAGGUCUCACUUGCUCCGGCAGCACCAGGAUUUCCUGGGACCCUUCAGCAAACAGACCGUUGUUGUGGACAGUGUCGGCAAAAUUGGCUCUAAAGCCUCCAGAUACAUGGACUACCUCAGGAGCAGGAGUGCGUUGCUCAGUCAGCCAUACUGGAAUCCCUACACAUGUCCUCCGAGCCAGUUAGUAGACUCAAAUAUUAAACUAGAAAAGUCAAAUGGCACCGAGGUCAAAGGUCAGGGACAUGCUGCUGUUGAGGCUGGCAGCCUCCUCAAUCUGUCUUCGUUACCCAUAGCUGAUAAAGACGGCGAUGUGAGUUUCUCAGUAAAGACAGAGGGCCUGGUGAGGCAUCAGUGCCCAUACUGCUCACACACCACCACCUACCCAGAAGUGCUGUGGAUUCACCAGCGAGUUGCUCACAGAGUCGACAGCAGCAGCUCCGCCGCCCCCAAGUGGGCGCCCUCUUUAAACCCCCUCAAAAGCUUAAAGGCAGGCGCCUCUCAGUGGCGACGCACCGGCCCGCCACCUUUCCUGGAAGGUAAGGACUGUCCAGCUUUACACGCUCCACGAGCGCAGCGCACGCAGCCUCCGGGCUGCACAGUCCCCGGCAGCAGCAAGCAGCCCACCCCCAAGACUCAGUCAGGCACCCUCAAGUCCAAGCACCACUCCAAGGACCCGCGGUCUUCAGACAGGACGCAGUCCAGUACAAAGGCUGGACUUCAACCCCAAAAGAAGUCUGGUGAACACCGAGCGGCUGAGUGUGGAAGUAAAAGUAGCAGCGUGCAGCCGACGUCGUCACAUAGCGUCUCGCACAGCAAGAGCCUCCAGAGUACUACAAUCAGCCCCAAACAGCAAAGCAGCAACAGAGUGACGGUGGAGGGGAACUUCCCACAGGAGGGGUUGGGCUUCAUGUUGUCAAGAAACCACGGCGCAACUUCCUCCAGCGCUGCUGCUGCAGACAGACUGCAUCCCCGCAGGCAGUCAUCAGACUUCUCUUCAGGUCCCAAGGGUCCUGAUCUCUGGGCGGCCAUUAACAUGUGGGGGCUUCACGGCAGCAAAGCCUUUUUAGACCCGCUACUGUUCGCUCAGGGAAAGAGCGGAUCGGCAGGAGAAAUGCCAAUGGACAUUGAUAUUUUGAGCCUCUUGAAGAACUACAGUCCCCACGAACUGGCGGCUCUCUAUCAGCACUGGGGGUUUGUUGACCCCAGACUGGACCCACAAGCAACGUUCCAGAUAAAUGGAAGCUUUGGAAAUGAAGUCCAUUCCUCCACUGAGGCUUCCAAACAAAUGAGCAGCCGCUCCACGCCAUCCUCAGGGUCCCUGCAUAAAGGAACGUGAAGAAAGCUGUUGAUUCCAGAUUGCACAAAACUCCCCACUGAACAAAGAGGCCUGCUGUGCUGUGAAAGGAACCAGCCAUAACUCCCGAGCAACACACAGGCACCGGAAACAUGCACAACGUAUGCAAAAGCAAUGAGCCGGACUUUUAUUUCCCGAUACGGUUGUUUCAUUUGAAGUGUUUUCGCAUGCUUUUUUGUUUGUUAAGAGUGUAGAUACGUUGAUAUUUCAUAACAUUGCACACAGAGAUGUGGUUUUGAAAUAUUUGUGGAAAUACGGUAGAAUUACUCGAGCUUGUUGUUUAAAAAAAAAAAAAAAA